CGGAGGGGUGCGGUCGCUUCCUCCCGAGGGAGGUCGGGGAGACCGGGGAAGCAGGAUUCAGCAUGAUCGGAGCGGGAACGUAAACGAGUGAGCAUGUCUUGUGGGGCGUCUGAUUCUGUGAGAAGUCAAGCAGUGAGGUGGGGAGAACAGACUGCGACGAGACGGAUCAGCGUUCAUGUUAUGCCAUGCGCCGAUGACUCGUCUCUCUCUCUGUCUUCCUGUUUGUAUCCCUCCUGCUUAUAUCGCAAUAAACGCGCGCGUAAAAGUCGUGUGACAGCGCAAAAUGAAGACUCAACAGUCUGUAUCCCGCAACGGAGGCGAUUCGGUCCCCUCGCGGGAAAAAGGUCAAGGCUUCGUCUAUCGUGGUAUGGGCAAGACACAGUCGCAACGGCAGCCCAUGACGAAGAGGCAAACCAAACCUGUUCCUUCCACAGCGAAACCAAUUCAAGCGAUAUCACCUCGAACAGUAUUCCAAAACAAUCCCAAAGCAAUCCAAUUGCACUGGAAAACAACAGACCCAUCAAAAUCCAAGGUGGGGGUUCAGUGAAAACGAACAGAACGAGAUGGAGAUUGCGGUGCCUAGGCCACUGCUAGCGUCGUGCUAGUGUGCCACUUCCUAGGGUAAGUAGUCAACGGCGCCAACGUGCCGGAAUCGAUAUACUCCCUCCAGUAGUAGGAGCUAUCAAGGCGAGCAUGCGAAC